AUGAUCACUGCUCGCUCACCUUAUCAAGUGUACAAGGCGGCGGAUGUUGAUGGUACCGUCGCCAAUUUCAACUCGCUGCCGUCUGAGGAGGUGCUCCCAUACAAGAUCAUGUCGUCUGAGGAGACCUUGGUGGCGUCACUCUCUGUUGUGGAAGGCAACGAGGAACAACGAGAACGGUAUGCCGUCUCAGCCCUGCACGCCGCGAGGGUGUACAUUUCUCACCUCAUCAGCUACAUCCCCCUCUGCGCACGCUCGCAGACGGCAAAGAAAGUCCAAAUAAACGUUGACGCGAUCGUGCGCACCGUAAUGCUCUUCGCCACCAACGCGGAAUUGCUGCAGAGCGUCAAGAACAUGGUACUCACAAACGCCUCGGGGGAGCAGGUGUCACUGAAGGAUCUCUCAGACCUGGAAGGCGCGUUGAAUGCGAUGGAAAAAAUGUACCGGCAGAAGGCGAAAGGGGCUGGGGAGAAGGUGGACAUGCUGCGCAAGGUUGCGCCGGUGCCGGUGAUCGUCUCAUCCAGCCCAGCAAAGUUGCAAGGUACGACGUCAGUGAUGGAGAGCGAGGACAGCAGCGACGCUGCGUCGAACUCGACCGGCUGUCCUCGGCAGCGCCGCCGUCGAUCGGAGUCCACCGGCGGCCCUGCCGCCCACGCAGACUUGCAUGGUGACGCCGCCGCCCUCAAGGUGGCGAAGAUCGAGGGUGACCCAGACAAUGCCCCUCUCGCUGCUGUGUAUACCCCAAAGACAUCUGGCGGACCCAAGAGUGUGCGCGGCGGCGGGCGUGGCGGUCUCGUGUGGGGCCGCCUCCGCGGCCUGACGAACUGCGAAAAGAAGGUGGUCGCUAUGCUGCACGCCAUGAUUCAGGUACUCGGGCACAUCUUCGCGACCAAGUUCAACGAUCUCGUACCCAUCUUCGACAUGCUCGAUGAGCGACUCAGGGCGGUGCAGGCCAUCAUCGAUGCCGAGCGCGCCCAGUACAAGGCGAAGGAGGACAAACGAAUUCCAGAACCGUUUCACGAGGUCACCCUGGAUGCCGUGCAGCUUGCUCUGGAGCAUUCGAGUGACACCUUCCGCAACGAGGAGGAGUGCCGCUACGAGCUCGAUGAGGACUUGUUGCACCCCAUCGCCCACGCGUGUCUGCGUGUCAUUAACCACAUCGAGGGCUUUUCGACCGAGCCAUUCAAAGGCCUGACACCGGAGGAGUUGGUGAAGAAGCAGCAGCUGCGCGACGCCGCAGGGGCCAAGCGCGAGGAGGCAAAGCGCCGGAUUCUGGAGAAGGCGGAGGCCAAGGCGGAGCUGGAGCGCAAGAAAGAGGAAGAGCGACAGCUGAUGCGCCGUCGUCUGGGCGACGGCAAUAACGAGCACGAGAAGGACCUUGAAGAGGACACCACGCUCGUCACCCCGUCCACGUUAGGGUACGUGUCCUACGCGGCAGAGCUGCCGCUUGGCACUCCAGAACUGUUUGAAAAGGCGCUGUAUGUGUGGAGCAUACUCUCCUCGGUGCCGCGUGCACUGAAUCUGUCGCAGAUGCACUUUGCCACCUUCGUUAAGGGCAUCGAGUGCGUGGACCAGGACGCGAAUGGAUUGAUGGAGGAGGUGACCAAGUGUCUGCUGGACGUUUCCAUGGAAAGCGUGCGCCUCCGCUCUCCCGAGACGCCGCGUAUCGUCACCCGCGGAAAGAACUGGUUUGGUUUGCUCGUCGAGUUCGUUGGGGUGGCGAGUGGAAACAAGAAGCGGCGGCAGCAGCAGCGCCACGUUUCCAGCACGGAAGACGAGGAGGAGAGCGACAGUGACAGCGACGCCGCCUCCUCGACAUCGUCGUCGCCAUCUUCCUCUUCGUCGAAGGAGACGGACGCCAAAACCUCGGCUGAGGAGGAGGACUUGCAACCCGAGGAGGCGCCGGCAGCUGCCAUGGCCACCAAAGGCGAAGGCACCGCGGAGGCGACCGCGGAAGAGGAGGUGGAUACAGAUCCGUUCUCGCUGGAGCUGAAGGCGACAAUGGACAAGGUAGCGGGGCUGCGCUCCUUGGCGUCGUGGGGCAACGUCGACACCAUUGAUCGGCUCAAUCUGCUUCAGUUCUGCGUGCUGGAGGCGCUUGCCAGCGACGACGUGCGCAAUGAAGCGGACCGUGUGCAGAAGGACCGUGAAGAGGAGACACUGAACGCCGAGAAGAAGCUCAGGGAGAUUCGCGAGGAGGCGGAGAAGGAGUUGAAGGCGUUGUUGCGCACGCUGCCGUCAGUGGCAUCCACGGCUGCCCGCAAAAAGAAGAAACAGAACACCAAGCAAAACGCCGAACCAGUGAAGACGGAGGACAAUCCGGAAACGAGCAACGCCGAGGAUGAGAAGAAGGGCAUCGAUGAGGCGGGGGAUGGCGAGACGGCGACGGAAAAGGACGUGAGGGAGAAGGCGGAGAGGAAUUUCGAGGCGGAGCGCGAAGCCAUCCUCAAAGAAGUCGAUCGAAAGCGUGAGGAGGUCUACGCACGUCUGUUCGGCGUGCAGGAUGGCAGAGACGACGGCGCCAUUGUCGAGCCGCUUGGCAUGGACCGCUAUCGGCGCCUCUACUGGCGUUUUCCAAUGGAGCGAGUAGUCUACGUGCAAAGUGUCCCGAACCUCACGGCCGUCACAUUCCCGGUCCUCGAAGAGCCUCCGGAGCUCAAGCAGCGCCGCGCCUCCUCGCGGUCGCUCUUGCUGGAUGACGAGGAGGAGAGCUCCUUGCUGGGCGGGCGGCGGCGUGGCGGCAGAGGCGCGACCGCGGUGGGCGAUGCGGUCCACGCCAAGGACGACAAGGGCGUGGGCCAGAUGAGGUGGGGUGUUAUUCCACACGACUACCUCAGCGCUUUUGUGCAAACGCUGGACCGUCGCGGGGAGCGGGAGGCGCCGCUGCGACACGCACUUGAGAUGCUAGAGCCGUACCUCACUGCUUUGAAAGAGCCGCGAGAGGGGCGUGAAACACGGGCCCGCGCGCACAUGUUCGGGUACGUGAACCUCCUAAAAGUCGACUUCACGUACUAA